AUGGCAUCUAGAUCCCAUUUCACCCGCAUUCCGUCUGCCAGCAGUAGCAACGCCUCAACCACCAUCGCUGAUACCAAUCGCCCAAUCUCUUCGCGUCCAAUUCCUCCCGCCGCGCCUUCCACAGUCCGACGGAACCUUUUUCACGCUCACCUCAGCCGCCGUCAGCACAAUUCGUCCACCUCCACUAGCUCUCUAGGAACUUCUCGCAAUCGCACCCACACCCGCACAAUCUCUGGUAGCGGUGAUGGGAGUGGAAUGAGCAGCACCUUGGGCGGAGGGAUAUUAAAAUCCCGCCUUAUGACGGGUGUAUUAUCUUUAAAUUGCUCUCUUCCAGACGAAGGCGAUAUCGUCGUGCGGGACAAGAAUGGCACCUAUAAAGUCGAUGUGCCGAUUUUACAACCCGGAAGUCUUGGUGAGGGUGCUGGCGAUGAGGACGCUGAUGAGGUGAUGGGGGCUGUUGAAAGUGUUGGACAUACUGGACUGGAGCACGACGGAGGUAUAAGCUGUGCGGAUAAAGAGAAAAUCGAGGCGAGCAUCGCGGAACUAAUGCGGCGUAAUCGAAGCAGGCAGAUGAAUAGUGAACCUUCUGAUAUUACACACAUUGAGCGCUUCAUGCAGCCUCUCGAGACGAGCCACUAA